UCAGAUAUGCACCGGCUCUGGGAGCGGCUUCCUGCAUACUACAGCCGGAGAGCACCGUCACAGCACCCCGGGAAGAUGGCGGCGCGCAGGCUCCUGCUCACCCUCUGCCUCAGCACACUCCUGUGUCAGGUAUCUUCCCAACAUUGUGUCUGGUAUGGAGAGUGUGGAGAAGCAUCAGAGGGCAAAAGGUACAACUGCGAAUACCUUGGACCUCCAAUACCCCUUCCUGAGGAUGGUCAUGAUCUACUCCAGCAACUGUGUCCAUCCUUAUACUAUGGAAAUGUCAGCGUGUGCUGCGAUGUACAGCAGCUGCACACUCUGAACAGCAACCUGCAGCUCCCCUUACAGUUCUUGUCCAGGUGUCCCUCUUGCUUCUAUAAUUUAAUGACUUUGUUUUGUGAACUGACCUGUAGUCCUCGACAGUCAGAGUUUCUGAAUGUUACAGAAACUGAAUACUAUAACAGCACAGAUCCACAAAAAGGGAACGCGAGCAUUACAGCCAUGGAGUAUUACAUUGGGGACACAUUUGCAAAUGCCAUGUACAAUGCUUGUAAAGACGUGGAAGCCCCAUCAAGUAAUGUGAAAGCCUUGAGUUUAAUGUGCGGGAAAGAAGCAAAAGACUGUAACGCUACAAACUGGAUCCAGUACAUGUUUAACAAGGACAAUGAACAGAUUCCUUUUACCAUCACUCCCAUAUUUUCCGAUGAGUCCCUCCGCCAAAUGAUUCCCAUGAAUAAUGCAACAAAAGGAUGCAAUGAGCCAGUGGAUGACGAUGAUGUCCCUUGCAGCUGCCAAGACUGCACACUGGUUUGUGGGGAAAAACCUGUACCUCCUCCACCUCCGAAGCCAUGGCUGAUUUUGGGAUUUGAUGCAAUGGCCGUCAUCAUGUGGAUAGUCUAUGUCAUCUUUUUACUGCUUUUCAGUGCAGUUGUCAUUGGAGCUUGGUGCUACAGGAAAAAGAAUAUUGUUUCAGAAUACGCCCCCAUUGACAGCACUUUAGCCUAUUCAGUUAACUCCACCCCUAUAGCAGGUGAGGCUUCGCGCUGUGACAGAAUUGGAGAGCGGCUCGAGAACUGUCUGCGAGUAGCUUUUACAAAAUGGGGAUCCUUCUGUGUCCGCAACCCCUGGAUAGUCAUCUUCUUCUCCCUUGUUGUAAUUGCUGUGUGCUGCGCUGGGCUGAAGUAUAUGCGUAUUACUACAGACCCCGUGGAGCUGUGGUCUGAUCCGCACAGUCAGGCUCGGAGAGAGAAGGAUUACUUUGACACACACUUUGGACCUUUUUACCGCACAGAGCAGCUCAUCAUCACAGCUCCCUACAGUAAGGGAGAAGUGUAUUCCCCAUAUCCUUCAGGAGAUGAUGUGCCAUUUGGACCUCCGUUAACCUUUGACAUUCUGUCCCAGGUUAUGACUCUACAAAAUGCCAUUGAAGACUUAACUGCUGAAUAUCAAAAUGAGACUGUGAUGCUGAAAGACAUCUGCCUGACUCCUCUGGCUCCAUAUAAUAAUAAUUGUACCAUCUUCAGUGUCCUGAACUAUUUCCAGAACAGCUAUUCAGUACUGAACCAUUCUGUCAGCGAUGACUUCUUUGUCAUGGCGGACUACCACACCCAUUUCUUAUACUGUGUGCAAUCUCCCACAUCGCUAAAUGAUACGUCGCCCCUUCAUGAUCCAUGCCUGGGUACAUUUGGUGGGCCAGUCUUCCCUUGGCUUGUGCUUGGAGGCUAUGAUGGAGAGCAUUACAACAACGCUACGGCCCUCGUGAUUACUUUCCCUGUGAACAACUUCCACAAUGACACAGAGAAAAUCAAUAAAGCCAAAGCCUGGGAGAAAGAAUAUCUCAAGUUUGUGAAGAGUUACAACAACACAAAUUUAUCAAUUGCCUUUUCUGCUGAGAGGAGCAUUGAGGAUGAAAUAAACCGGGAAAGCACAAGCGACUUAACCACAGUUCUCAUCAGCUAUGCCCUCAUGUUUGUCUACAUCUCCUUGGCCUUGGGUAACAUUGGCCAGUGCAGCAGCAUCUUGGUGGAUUCUAAAAUCUCGUUGGGUAUUGCUGGCAUCUUGAUUGUCCUGAGUUCUGUGGCUUGCUCUCUGGGGAUCUUCAGUUAUGUCGGUAUUCCACUCACCCUUAUAGUAAUAGAAGUCAUCCCGUUUUUGGUUCUUGCCGUUGGAGUGGAUAACAUAUACAUCAUUGUGCAGACUCUGCAGAGAGAUGAACGCCUUCAAGGAGAAAAACUUGAUCAGCAGAUUGGAAGAGUCCUGGGUGACGUAGCCCCCAGCAUAUUUCUCUCCUCAUUCUCUGAGACUGUUGCCUUUUUCUUAGGGGCACUGUCAUCCAUGCCAGCGGUGCGAACUUUUUCUCUCUUUGCUGGGAUGGCUGUCUUUUUUGACUUUCUGCUCCAGAUCACCUGCUUUGUGAGCUUACUUGGCUUGGACAUCAAAAGACAAGAGAAAAAUAGAUUGGACAUCCUUUGCUGUGUGCCAGGAUGUGAGAGAAACCGGGGGGCCGAAAAACCAAAGAGCUGUCUCUUCCUAUUCUUCAAAAAGAUUUACUCCCCAUUAUUAUUGACGGACUGGAUGAGGCCAAUAGUGGUGUCAAUCUUUGUAGCAAUGCUUUCCUUCAGCAUUGCCGUGGUUAACAAGGUAGACAUUGGUUUGGACCAGUCAUUGUCUAUGCCAGAUGAUUCCUAUAUGCUGAAGUACUUUGACUCCUUGAAUAAGUACAUGCACAGUGGUCCACCAGUGUAUUUUGUGGUGGAAGAGGGAUAUGAUUACAAAUCAAAGGAGGGCCAAUCUAAAGUGUGUGGUGGAGCCGGCUGCAGCAACAACUCCCUUGUGCAACAGAUUUAUAAUGCAGCACAAUUGGACAACUACACAAAAAUUGGCUAUCCCCCAUCUUCCUGGCUUGAUGAUUACUUUGAUUGGGUGAAGCCGCAGUCUUCUUGUUGUAGAGUGUACAAUAACACUGAACAGUUCUGCAAUGCUUCAGUUGUGGAUCCAUCAUGCAUUAGGUGUCGUAGUUUGACGCCAGAAGGCAAACGAAGGCCAGAGGAAGAGGAGUUUAUGAAAUUCCUGCCCAUGUUUCUUUCUGACAACCCUAAUCCCAAGUGUGGUAAAGGUGGACAUGCAGCAUACGGCUCUGCAGUUAACCUGCUUUCCAAUAACACAGACGUUGGGGCCACCUAUUUUAUGACUUUCCACACCAUCUUACAAAACUCUUCGGCCUUCAUUGAUGCCUUACGGAAAGCACGAAUGAUUGCAAAAAACAUUACAGAGAGCAUAGAUGUCCCAAGCAAGAAUUACAGUGUCUUUGCUUACAGCAUUUUCUAUGUAUUUUACGAGCAGUAUUUAACGAUAGUGGAUGACACAGUGUUUAACCUUUGCAUAUCGUUGGCUGCCAUAUUCUUUGUGGCAGUGAUCCUGCUGGGGUUUGAAAUUUGGUCUGCUGUUCUGAUGUGUGUUACCAUAUCAAUGAUCCUUGUCAACAUGUUUGGGGUCAUGUGGCUCUGGAACAUCAGCCUUAAUGCUGUUUCUCUGGUGAAUUUGGUUAUGUGCUGUGGCAUCUCCGUGGAGUUUUGUAGCCAUGUGACAAGGGCCUUUUCAGUGAGUACAAAGGGAAAUACAGUGGAACGUGCAAAGGACGCCUUGGCACAUAUGGGCAGCUCGGUCUUCAGUGGAAUCACUCUGACAAAGUUUGUAGGGAUUGGCGUGCUGGGUCUGUCCAAGUCUCAGAUAUUCAAAGUCUUCUACUUCAGAAUGUACUUGUCCAUGGUGCUGCUGGGAGCUGCCCAUGGCCUCAUAUUUCUACCAGUUCUUCUCAGUUACGUAGGGCCACGAGUGAACAAAGCUAAAGUACAAGCUGCACAGCAGAGAAUAAGAGGCACAGAACAAGAGCGACUUCUUGCCCACUAGGGCGACUGGACCCUCGGUGGAGCGUUCAUUACAGGAAAAGUGUGGAUGAGCUCAGUGGGGUGUUACAUACAGUGAAUCUGAACAAACAUUACAGCUGACCGCCUCAGGAAUAGACUCUACUGGGACAACAGUGUUAUAAUGUAUACAAGAGGAUUUUUACUGGUAUAGAGAAGUUACAUUUUCAUUUUUUUCAUACUUUUUAAUUUAAGGGGAAACCAGAUGUUUUAUAAAUGCAAAUACCAAUGCAAGUUAUCCUGCUCCUUUUAUUCCACAUUCGUAUGUUUCUCAGAGAAUCAGAUAGUAUAUUUUACUAAUUGAGUUCCUAAAUCAUUAACUAUUUUACAUAAGAAAAUAUAUGCAAGAUGAGGGGAAAAAAAGAGGGAGACCAUUUUUAUACCAGAAGGUCCAUGGACUUUUAUUAGAAUAAUAAAUAAACUUUCUACAGCUUUUAUAUGUCGGCUAGGAAGCAGUGCUCUUCAGCAGGGACUGUUCACCAAAGAAAUUUUUGAAGAAAGCCACGUGUUCUUCACAGUGUUCUCCUGGAUGGAAGAAAAGAGGUGGUGAGAAGAUCAGCCCUGUCUGACAUGUGCAUUGCCAAAGAGCAGUGUUUUUAAUGAAGCUCUAGAGUGGAGGGACACUGACCAGAUGUAGCUUCCAAUUUGUCUUAUUUUUAAGGGAAACUAAGCCUGAUUUAUAUAGGUCUUUUUUCUUUUCUUUUUUUUAAAAUAAAACAUGUCAAACUAA